AUGCACCGUCUGGCCAGAGCCUCGGAGCAAGGGUGUGCAGACUACAGUUUCACAGCCAUGCAGAAAGCUACGCAUGCGGGGCUACAUGCAUUUGGAUCGCUGACGGUUCGACAGAUUUUAAAACAUAAAGUGCGACCUCUGCCGGUGAACUCACGGUGUUACAGCGUGAUCCCACCUUCACUUGACAGCGAUGAGAAAAACAUGCUGGAGAUGAUGCUGCGUGUGGACCACGCUGGAGAAUACGGAGCCAACCGAAUCUACGCAGGGCAAAUGGCUGUUUUGGGACGGUCUCAGGCUGGACCUCUAAUACAGGAAAUGUGGGAUCAAGAAAAGAAGCACCUUGCAAGAUUUAACGAAAUACUUGCUGAGAACAGAGUUCGUCCUACAGCACUUCUUCCUCUUUGGAACCUUGCAGGAUUUGUCUUAGGAGCAUCCACAGCCUUACUUGGGAAAGAGGGGGCUAUGGCCUGCACUGUGGCGGUUGAGGAAAGCAUCACUGAACACUACAACAGUCAGAUCCGAGCGCUCAUGGAGAAAGACCCUGAGCGAUAUACUGAACUCCUACAAAUAAUAAAGGAGUUCAGGGAUGAUGAAAUGGAGCAUCACGACACAGGAUUAGCACAUGAUGCUGAAACUCUACCUGGAUACUGGCUUCUAAAAACCUCCAUACAAUUAGGCUGUAAAGCAGCAAUAUCUAUCUCUCAACGGAUCUAG